AUGCGCGAUAUGUCGUCCAAAUUCAUCGAGAUUCUCGACCCCAAUGAUACUCGGCCGCGCAUGUCUGAUUGCGAUGUCCGGCUCGAGGAUGUCCUAGCCGACCAUGAAGCGCUUGUCACUAGGCCCCGAUCCUCCACUCAAUCCUCUUCUAAGCCGAGUCUAGACAACCGUCUAGAUCGCGAUUCACCCACUUCACCCACACAGCGCUGGAAGCGUCUUAGCACCAUCCUCGUCCCAGCCAGAAGAGGCUCAGCAUGA